CUAAUGGACUUUCGGUUUGGGGAACUACUUGAUAUUAUGUUUUGACAACGUUUUAUGAAUGUUAUAGUUUGGAGUAGCAAUGCUUGUAUGCGUCAGUUUUAUUGAGAUGUAGUAUAUCUACUAGCUAAGUAAUGUUGUAUGGGCUAGCAGCUAGCUAACGGUAUCGUUAGCUACACUGCUAGCUAGUUAGCUGGCUACCCCGGAACAAUAACAGCCCAUAUCUAGCUAGCUAGUUAUUGGUGUUUCACCUGGGCGGUGAGGUAGCAGCAGGUAGUGAAACCACAGCGGGAUUAGCAUGCGAUCUUGCUAGCCAGUUAGGAUUGAGCGCACUGUCCCAGACCGCAGUGUAUGAUGUCGGUGUACCCCGAUUCAGCAAGUGUCCCGACCCUGGGAAAAGGAGACGAACUUCACCAGCAAGUCCUGGCUUCCCUCCCGUUUUGUCAGCUGACGGAAGAGGACUUGACCCAGAACCCCCUGUUCUGUAGGCUCCUGGCAUCUCUCUCCCAGCAUGUUGACCAAACCGGCCUCACCCUGCCUCUUAAGAGGGAACUGGAGAAGGCUGAAAGGGAGCUCCAGACGCAGAGACUGGGCUGGCUGCGGUCGGAGAGUCUGUAUCAGCUGCUGCGGGAGAUGAUUCAGGACCACUGUGUCCGAAAGCACCACUCCAACACCCCAGCAGAGGACGAUAAGUUUUAUGAAACCCUGGAGCAGUGUCUGCUGGUGGCGCAGUGUGUGAGACAGCUGGACCCCAGCUCCACCACAGCCCAGGAACAGCCUCCCUUCCUGGGGCUCUCUGCCCAGCACGUGCUGGGCCUCAUGCCUCCAGAACAGGAUGUACGGAAGAUGAAGCAGCGGCUGCUGAUUGAGCUGGAGAAACGGCUGAAGGAGAAGUGUUUCAACAUCCUGUCCUACUACCAGCCAGACUGGGAGCAAGACAGUGAGAGCCUGAAGGCGGUGAAGUUGUCUCGGCUGCCGGAGAGCCUGGAGAGCGAGAGCAAGAGAGCAGAGAGCCUGAGGGAGACUUGGAGGGAGAGCGCCGCCCUGCUGCAGCGGCAGACCCACUGCUACCUCUCGGAGCUGAUGGGCUGUGUUCAGAUCCUUCAGUCCCUCAUCCUGGACCACCGACUGAAGACCCAGAAGGAGCUGGACACCAAAAACGUGGAGUACCUGGAGGCCAAGUGUCAGAUCAUCAUCUGCAAGAUCAGAGUGGAAAUGUUGGAGCUUCAGCUGGAUACCUACACGCCUGAGACAAUAGCAGCCCACCGAAAAAUCAGGGACAAGCUGGACUCGCAGCUGAGCGCCGUGCGGGCGGAGAAGCACUCGGCCGAGUCCAUGCUGUCGUCCUUCCAGAUCCUGGGCCAGGACUUCGAGGCGCUGGUGGAGGAAUACUCACGGCUGCGUCAGGAGAUCGACAACAAGAGCUGGGCCUUGAAGGAGUUCUCCCAGCACAGUCACUGAGAGAGACCCUGCGCUAAUACCAGGCCCCACUCCCACACCACAGUCACUGAAAGAGACCCUUAGCCAACUCCAGGCCCUGCUUCCACACCACAGCCACUGAGAGAGACCCUGAGCUAAUACCGGACCCCACUCUCACACCACAGUCACUGAGAGAGACCCUUAGCCAACUCCAGACCCCACUCCCACACCACAGUCACUGAGGAAGGCUGUGCACUAUUGCCAGACCCCUCCCACAGCACCCACCCCCACACUGGCAUCACGAAGGCUGUUUCAUGGCCAGUGAUUCCUCAUUCACCACAUGGCAGUGCCAGCCCUCCACAUGGAAUCAGCUCGGAGGAGGGGGUGGAAAUUAUGCUCAUCAGUUGUGUAAACAAUGUAUUAUGUAAAGUAGAAUUUAUUUUGUAAUCUUUUUAACAAAAAAUGCCCUUUAUACA